UAAAGGUCAAUUUAACUUGCAAGAUGAAAAUAUUCUCUGCAUAAUUGAAGCUAAAUCAUUGGGAAUAGAAACCAAGUCAUACGCUUUCUUAAAGAAACAAAAAGUAGCAGAACAAAAACAAGAAAUAGCAGAACAAGUGUACCAAGAAGCAUAUAUAGAACAAAUAGAGAUCAAUAAUAUUAUUACAACAAGAAACAGCAGAACAAGUGUCCAAGAAGCAUAUAUAGAGCAAGUGGAGAUAAAUAAUAUUGUUGCAAGUACGGAGUUAGAGUAUGAGAAAGAGUGCUACAAAGAAGAAAUAAAUAUAGAACUAAAUU